AUGGGGAACCAGACGAGCGUGGUGGACGCACUGAUCGAUCUCGAGUUCCCGUCAGCCGCGGUGCCCCCCGCGGCGCGCCUGCCGCCCGGCCACGACCUCCCUAUGGGCGUUCUCUCCUUCGAGGUCGCGUCGCUCAUGCGGAAAGCCCUCGAUCUAUGGCGGCAGCUCGACGCGCGGAAUAUAGCGGGCUUGGAAAAGCAGCUGCAGACCGAGGGGCUGAAGCGUCUGGGCGUGGGGGACUAUUCCUUCCGCUGGCGCCUGGCGGGCGCGGAGUAUGCUUCCGACUUGAACGCGCUCACCGCCGCCGUGGGGGUCCUGGCGCGCAGGUGCGGGGGCACGCGGAGCGGGGAGGUGCUGAAACGGCUGCGGGGGUACAGCCGCGCGUGGAAGAGAGAAGACAGCUUCAGUGAGGGCGAGGCGGACGAGCUCAUGCGGUUCCUGAGGGAGCAGCUGGAGCCAAUGGGAGCGCUGCACAACGCGAUGCUUGCACUGGAAGACGUCAUCCAGAGCUCUGCAGCAGACCCGGAAAUGCAGAACCCCAAGACGCGCCGCGCCAAGGGGAAGCCUCAGGCGGCCGUGAUGGAGCAGAUGCAAGUGGUGCAUCAACUGCAGCGAGCAUCCCUCUGGAACCACCCACUCGAGCGACCGGUGCUGCUGCUGGCAGUGUCACUGGGGGUGCUGUGGCAGCAGUACCGGUCUGUCUUCGGCCGGCCAGCCCCCCCCAAGCAGGAGGAGCUGAAGGCGACGCUGGGAGCAGCGGGGCUACCGUCAUUGUUUGCGCGAGUGCUUCUGGGGGUGGAGCAGAUGAGAGAGAUGAGCCCCAUCAGCCAGCCUUUCAAGGAGCAGCGGAGAGAGCUCUACUCCAUCCUCCCGUCAACCGUGCGUCGGCGCCUGGCCAAGCGGCUGAAGCAGCGGUCCAAGCGGCAGAUCGACGGGGCGAUAGCCCGGGACCUCAGGGGCGUGGUGGGGGAUAUCCUGCGGUGGGUCGUGCCUCUGGCUGAGCGCACGGAGGUGUGGAAUGGCGACAAGUCGUUCGGGGCUCAGAGGAGGAACCGCGGGCACCGCACGCUGCUGGUGGAGGUUGAGGCAGUGCUGGUGGAGCUGCUGGUGUCUGCCACUCCACUUGUCCCACACCCAUUCCCCCCACCUCCUCCGUUCUUCUCUUCCCCUUGUCCCCUAUACCAGACGCUUCACUAUUGUGACAAGGACAAGUUUGAGGUGGUGCUAGUGGAACUACUGACCUCCUUCUCCCUCGUCACACUCCACUUCAGACGCUCGCACCUGCAACCACACCCGCCCUCCAAAGCUCGCCCUCCCUCGGGCCCGGUCCGACGCAAGCAGCCAGGCUCGGCCGAGCCUAAGAACCAGGCCGCGCCGUCCACCGCUCCUCCCUUUCCCCCUUCGGCGUCUGCUCCCACUUUUGCUAGCAGCAACCCCGUACCGGCCCCUACCGUUCCGGACCUCCCAGUUCUCCCCGUGCCGGACCUGCUUCUAGGUCAGCCGCUCCCGGACCUCCCAGUUCCCCUCGUCCCAGACCUGCUUCUGGAGCAGCCCCUCCCGGACCUCCAUCUAUGGCUCGGUCUGCUUCCAGUGCUCCUCCCUCCAUGGCUCGUACCGCACACGAACCUCCUCCUACUGGUCCGGCCAUGCCUAGGCCAGCUCCCCAAGCAAGGCCUGGCCCAGGACCAGCUCCCGGACCUGGAGGGCCUCGAGGCAACCCAACCGGACCUCGCCCCAGGCCUGGUGCUGGCCCCGGACCUAGGCCUUCUCCAGGCCAGGCGAUGCCUGGGAGGGGAGGCAUGGGACCCGGAGCUGGGGUUCCUCCGGCCAUCUUACGCCGCGCGUCGGAGCCGAUUAGAAACAAACGCGCUAGAGACAGCCUCAGCAUCUUGCCUCCCGCCCUGCCCAGGAAAUCCCCUCCCCGCCAUUUGGUCGCGCCUGCCUUUCACAUAUCGCAUGGUGAGAAGCUUCCCGUCGCCCUCAUUCCAUCUUCCCGUCGCCCUCAUUCCAUCUUCCCGUCGCCCUCAUUCCAUCUUCCCGUCGCCCUCAUUCCAUCUUCCCGUCGCCCUCAUUCCAUCUUCCCGUCGCCCUCAUUCCAUCUUCCCGUCGCCCUCAUUCCAUCUUCCCGUCGCCCACAUUCCAUCUUCCCGUCGCCCUCAUUCCAUCUUCCCGUCGCCCACAUUCCAUCUUCUCGUCGCCCUCAUUCCAUCUUCCCGUCGCCCACAUUCCAUCUUCCCGUCGCCCUCAUUCCAUCUUCCCGUCGCCCUCAUUCCAUCUUCCCGUCGCCCUCAUUCCAUCUUCCCGUCGCCCUCAUUCCAUCUUCCCGUCGCCCUCAUUCCAUCUUCCCGUCGCCCUCAUUCCAUCUUCCCAUCGCCCUCAUUCCAUCUUCCCGUCGCCCUCAUUCCAUCUUCCCGUCGCCCUCAUUCCAUCUUCCCGUCGCCCACAUUCCAUCUUCCCGUCGCCCUCAUUCCAUCUUCCCGUCGCCCACAUUCCAUCUUCCCGUCGCCCUCAUUCCAUCUUCCCGUCGCCCACAUUCCAUCUUCCCGUCGCCCUCAUUCCAUCUUCCCGUCGCCCUCAUUCCAUCUUCCCGUCGCCCUCAUUCCAUCUUCCCGUCGCCCUCAUUCCAUCUUCCCGUCGCCCACAUUCCAUCUUCCCGUCGCCCUCAUUCCAUCUUCCCGUCGCCCUCAUUCCAUCUUCCCGUCGCCCUCAUUCCAUCUUCCCGUCGCCCUCAUUCCAUCUUCCCGUCGCCCUCAUUCCAUCUUCCCGUCGCCCUCAUUCCAUCUUCCCGUCGCCCUCAUUCCAUCUUCCCGUCGCCCUCAUUCCAUCUUCCCGUCGCCCUCAUUCCAUCUUCCCGUCGCCCUCAUUCCAUCUUCCCGUCGCCCUCAUUCCAUCUUCCCGUCGCCCACAUUCCAUCUUCCCGUCGCCCUCAUUCCAUCUUCCCGUCGCCCACAUUCCAUCUUCCCGUCGCCCUCAUUCCAUCUUCCCGUCGCCCACAUUCCAUCUUCCCGUCGCCCUCAUUCCAUCUUCCCGUCGCCCUCAUUUCAUCUUCCCGUCGCCCUCAUUCCAUCUUCCCGUCGCCCUCAUUCCAUCUUCCCGUCGCCCUCAUUCCAUCUUCCCGUCGCCCUCAUUCCAUCUUCCCGUCGCCCUCAUUCCAUCUUCCCGUCGCCCUCAUUCCAUCUUCCCGUCGCCCUCAUUCCAUCUUCCCGUCGCCCUCAUUCCAUCUUCCCGUCGCCCUCAUUCCAUCUUCCCGUCGCCGUCAUUUCCCGUCCCGUCGCCCUCGUUUCCCUUCCCGUCGCCCUCAUUUCCCUUCCCGACGCCCCCAUUUCCCUUCCCGUCGCCCUCAAUUCCCUUCCCAUCGCACUCAUUUCCCGACCCGGCGCACUUAUUUCCCUUCCCGUCGCCCUCAUUUCCCGUCCCGUCGCCCUCAUUUCCCUUCCCGUCGCACUCAUUUCCCUUCCCGUCGCCCUCAUUUCCCUUCCCGUCACCCCCCAUUACCCUUCCCGUCGCAAACAUUACCCUUCCCGUCGCCCUCAUUUCCCUUCCCGUCGCACUCAUUUCCCUCGAGUCCUCCCUCCCCCUCAUCCGCCCUUCCUCCACCUCUCCAUCCUCUCAUCCUCCCUUCAUCUCAUCCUCCCUUCCUCUUAUCCGCCCUUCCUCUCAUCCUCCUUUCCUCUCAUCCACCCUUCCUCUCAUCCUCCCUUCUCUCAUCCUGUCUCCCUCUCAUCCUCUCUCCCUCUCAUCCGCCCUGCGUCUCGACCUUCCUUCCUCUCGUCCUCCCUCCCCGUCUUCCGCCCUCCCCCUCAUCUGCCCUCCCUCUCAUCCUCCCUUCAUCUCAUCCUCCCUUCCUCUUAUCCGCCCUUCCUCUCAUCCUCCUUUCCUCUCAUCCUCCCGCCCUCUCAUCCGCCCUUCUCUCAUCCUCUCGCCCUCUCAUCCGCCCUCCCUCUCAUCCUCCCUUCAUCUCAUCCUCCCUUCAUCUCAUCCACCCAUACUCAUCCUCCCUUCCUCUCAUCCUCCCUUCCUCUCAUCCUCCUCUCCUCUCAUCCUACCCUUCCUCACAUCCUCUCUUCCUCUCAUCCUCCCUUCCUCUCAUCCGCCCUUCUCUCUCUCAUCCUCCCGCCCUCUCAUCCGCCCUUCUCUCAAGGGCUCGCCCUCUCAUCCUCUCUCCCUCUCAUCCUCUCUCCAUCUCAUCCUCCCUUCAUGAAAUCCACCCAUCCUCUCAUCCUCCCUUCCUCUCAUCCUCCCUUCCUCUCAUCCUCCUCUCCUCUCAUCCUCUCUCCCUCUCAUCCGCCCUCCCUCUCAUCCUCCCUUCAUCUCAUCCUCCUUUCCUCUCAUCCUCCCUUCCUCUCAUCCGCCCUUCUCUCUCUCAUCCUCUCUACCUCUCAUCCUCCCGCCCUCUCAUCCGCCCUUCCUCUCGUCCUCCCUUCCUCUCGUCCUCUCCCCCCUUCUUCCGCCCUCCCCCUCAUCCGCCCUUCCUCACAUCCUCUCUUCCUCUCAUCCUCCCAACCUCUCAUCCGCCCUUCUCUCAUCCUCUCGCCCUCUCAUCCGCCCAUCCUCUCAUCCUCCCUUCAUCUCAUCCUCCCUUCAUCUCAUCCAGAGCACGCAAGGUGA